AUGGCAGCCACCAUGCCCCCGAGACAGUUCAAUGUUGAACCAAUCGAGACCACAACGAAGUCGUCCAAGGAGAUGCGCGAGAAUGUAGAUGGUCUCAAACGUCCCCGCUUUACUCCCAAGCCAGUCGAAACGACCACGAGGACGAAUCGAAAGGAACCCCAACCACGACGGAAAUUCGCACCUGAGCCCGUGGAAACAACGGAAAAGACAAACCGUCGUUUUGCUCCACAGCCUAUAGAGCAUUCAGAAAAGAGAAGCCGCAAAAAGAAAUUCGCUGUUGAAUCGGUCGAGGUAUCUCUGAGAAGCAGUCGGAAGAAAUUCGCGGAUGACUGGGAGAGCGAAACAACAAAACCAAGGAGAAAGUUCGCACCCGAACCGGUAGAAACCUCGACGAAAACCAACCGCGGUAGCAGGAAGAAGUUUGCAGAAGAAUGGGACAACCAAACAAGCAUCAAGAAGCACGAGAAGAAGCCCCGCAAAUUUGCGCCUGAACUAAUAGGGACUGCGUCACGGUCACGCCGCGCUCCAGAGGAACGGCCGUCCCUUCGCCGACUCGAGAAGCUGAAAACGACCCCUCAGCAUGACAUUCCUGGCGCGCCACCCAACACACCAUUUGACUUUUCACAAAACCCCCUCUUCCUGGAGAUCCAACGCGCAACAUCACCACUCAACCAACGGCGUAUGCCGAGGUCUCGACCGUCACAUCAUUGCUUCCACGUUCCGGACCUUGAUCCUAUAGAGUCUUCUGAGUCUGAAGGCGAGACUCCGUCACCUUUCAACUACCCCUGCCGGGCCUAUUGCUACGAGAAACACUCAUACAAAGAGCCAACACGAAUGCGAGAAAGUGUGGACGAGCAGACCUCUGGAUACUUACUCGAACUGGCUGCCAAGGCUGUGGAAAAGCAAUUGCGUGAACAAGAAAUGGCAGCUUUUCCAAACGGCAAUUACUACGAGCACGUCGAUCACUUUGUGGAUGCGGAUGAUGAAUCGACAGAUUCGUCGAAAGCUGGCAGUACAACCUUCAAUGAAGUCAACUGGGAUUUGAAGGCAAUGCGUCAAUACAGAGAGGAGCAAGAGAACCAGGAACCAACUUCGGGUAUUAGCCCGAAAUCGCACUUCAAGCCAAGCCCUUGGGCCAACGUUGCGACCGGUAUCAAAAUCGAGAAGGACAUAAUCGGGUAUCAGAAGAACGAGGAGAUUGAACGGAUGCGGAGAGACGCUCGACCACCGAUGCUCGGCAAGGACAUCAAGUUUCCUCGAUGCGCAUCUCCCGAACCAGCUCGAUUUGACACCACGCAAGGCUGCGAUGCCGUCAAAAUAGCUAUGUGCUACCUCUCAGAGCAAGCGCAGCAAGCCGAGAAAUCCGAGAAAGGCGAGAGUCUCUGGUGUGGGCAAGGCAACGGUAAAAAUCUCAGCCGCGUCUCUUCGCUCUGGUCUGUAGCCAGCAGCAAUCACGAGAAGAAAGAGAAGGAAGGUCUGUGGGCCGGCUGCUGCGUUAAGGACGAGGCACCCAAAGGCCCCACCGGAAUCCUCACCCCGCGUAUCGAAAGGGAAGACCUCCUCUCACCAUGCCCUACUCCAUCUCGGGGGUCUCUGCUCCCGCCCACACCUCCGGCCUCGAACGCCGACUUUGCGUGCAUCGACGAGAAGCUCACUUUCGCGCUCUCCAUCGACGAGGACUAUGGCGACGAUUUCGUCACGCAAGUCUACAACUACCUCUCGCUGGGCUACCCCUCAAUGGCCCAGCCCUUUGAUGAUGAGCUGUCGCGCAUCUCCAACAUCCCGAUCUCCGACCUACGACAAGACGACCACCUCGCCGAGUCGAGGGGCUACAUCCGCCUGGGCGCAGACGGGAAUCUCACGGACGCGGAGAUCACUGAGGAGAGCUGCAUGCGGUGGCGCGCUCUGCGGGUGUACAUCCGCGAGUGGGCGAAACAGCACCCGAACAUGGCGGGCGACGGACUUGGGGGUGCAGGGAUCGCGGUUCGGAAGGGCAGCUGGGCUGUCUGA